CAACUACAGUACUAAGGGUGUUUUCCGAUCUACUUGAUUACUCUUUAGCCAUCUGCCUUGUACUUGCUGACAUCCAGCAAAUUCUUUGCAGGCCAUCCGAAAAGGAAACAAUUACGCCAUGGACAUGGACCACGCGCAUACACUAAGUUUACCAAAUGGUGAUGUGGUAAAAAAGCCAUUUCUUAUUGGCGUUGCAGGUGGUACGGCCAGUGGAAAGUCUACGGUAUGCAAAAAGAUUAUGACAGAGCUGGGCCAAACAGAUAUGGAUCACACCCAGCGACAGGUUGUAACAAUUAGCCAAGACAGCUUCUAUCGUGAACUAACCGCUGCAGAGAAGGCAAAGGCAUUUCAAGGUCUUUACAACUUUGACCAUCCCGACGCUUUCGAUGAACAGCUAAUGUAUGACACCUUGGAGGCAAUAUUGAAGGGAGUUAAAGUGGAAAUACCAGGUUAUGAUUACAAAACAAAUUCAUUAGAUUACGAAAACAAAUUAACAAUUUACCCUGCCGAUGUGGUUCUAUUCGAGGGUAUUUUGGUAUUCUACUUCCCCAAGAUAAGAGAUUUGUUUCACAUGAAACUGUUUGUGGAUACAGAUUCAGACACCCGCUUAGCUAGAAGAGUACCGCGGGACAUAAAUGAAAGAGGAAGGGACCUGGACGCUGUGUUGACACAGUACAUGACAUUUGUGAAGCCAGCUUUCGAAGAGUUCUGCUCACCCACGAAAAAGUUUGCCGACGUUAUUAUACCUCGAGGAGCUGACAAUACAGUUGCAAUUGAUCUAAUUGUACACCAUAUCGGAGAAAUACUUAGACCAGGUAGCAGUGCUAUUAAUUCGGGUGCCAAUGCGUCCAGCAAUACGGCUAAUGCGCAUAAUACUACAAAUGUUAAUUCAACAACUACUUCAUCUAGCAAUCAUACCCCGUCAGCUAUGAUCCGAGAACAUUAAAAUAAGCAUACUUGCAUCACAGUAACAGAAAAUAUGACGGACGUGCAUCAUCGAUUUUUCCCGGACACACACACCCACACUGAAACACAUACAAUUUGUCAUAAGUUUUGAUGUUGCUGACGCUCAUGAUGCAGCCUACCUUCGUACUUCAUCAAAAUCAACCAAAAGUGCCGCAACUGAUGUCGUCCUAUACACCUUAUUCCAAUUCUCCUUAAAAAGAAUACGCAUUUAAACACUGUUAAAGGCGGCUUCCCCUUUUGCAUUCCUCCAUUUAAUCAUAAUCGAGUCGGAUUUCUUAUUCCAAUAGAUUGCUUUUCCACUUACAUUAAUUAUUGUUGCAGUAAUUAACGUCCCCAGUUUUUUUUUUACAUUCAUUGACUUACCAUUAGCCGAUAUAGAUGUUAAGAUUGUUGAGGAUCCAAAUAAAUAGUACGAUGGCCAGAUAACAUCGGUUGAAAGUGUACAUACGUAUAUGCCACAGUAAAUAAUAAUAUAUCUAAAGAUUUGUUAAUAUUAUCUGUGAUUUGUGAGACAUAACACAUUUGCCAGGUGCCCGAUAAGACGGAAGAAGGUAAGUUCUAAAUCGGGAAUUCACAUCACGAUUUGGGCGGAAUGAUAUAUCAAUUUGUACAAGUAAUUAUUAAUGCACUCAAUAAAUAAUGAACCCAUAGUAUUUAGACCUGAAAA